UAAUUAAUAUAUAGUAGCAAAGUGUUACAAUUCAAAAGUCACAUGUAAACAGGAACAAAGAGGUGUUCCAAGAAACUACAAAACUAGUACUCAAUCCCAUCUUUUUGCAAUCCCAGUUUCACCGAUCUCUAGGAGAGGAUGGAUUAUCAGUACAUUCUAGGAGGGAUUAUGGCUUGUAGUUUUGCUUUUUUGUAUGUUGUGUACAGUUUUGGAGCAAAGGUCACAGAUUCAAGUUCAAUACAUGUAAAGAGUAAUGAAUGUGCAAAGAUAUCAUCAGAGAAUGGAAUAUGCUCACAUGAGGAUGCAGGAAGUGCUGACAUCAUUAUUGUGGGUGCUGGGGUUGCUGGUUCAGCUCUUGCUUGCACUCUUGGAAAGGUAGAAGUAGAAGGCUUCUAUUUCCUGCACAUGUUUGAGUUUGAUGGACGGCGAGUGCAUGUAAUUGAAAGGGAUUUAAGUGAACCUGACAGGAUCGUGGGUGAAUUGCUACAACCUGGGGGCUAUCUUAAGUUAAUUGAGUUGGGUCUUGAGGAUUGUGUGGAUGAAAUUGAUGCUCAGCAAGUCUUUGGCUAUGCUCUGUAUAAGGAUGGCAAAAAUACCAAACUCUCUUAUCCCUUGGAAAAUUUUGGCUCUGAUAUUUCUGGGAGAAGCUUUCAUAAUGGCCGUUUCAUACAGAGAAUGCGAGAAAAGGCUUCAUCUCUUCCAAAUGUAAAAUUAGAACAAGGAACUGUCGCAUCUCUACUUGAGGAAAAAGGAACCAUCACUGGGGUGCACUACAAAACCAAAAGUGGUGAAGAGUUCACAGCAAAGGCUCCCCUCACCAUAGUAUGUGAUGGUUGUUUUUCCAACUUGAGACGUUCUCUUUGCAAUCCUAAGGUUGAAGUACCCUCUCAUUUUGUUGGUCUGGUCUUGGAGAAUUGUAAUCUUCCAUAUGCAAAUCAUGGACACGUCAUCUUAGGUGAUCCUUCCCCCAUUUUGUUUUAUCCCAUCAGUAGCACUGAGAUUCGCUGUUUGGUUGAUGUGCCUGGCCAAAAAUUACCUUCCCUUGGUAGUGGUGAAAUGGCCCGUUAUUUGAAAACUGUGGUAGCUCCUCAGGUUCCUCCAGAGCUGUAUGAUUCAUUUAUUGCAGCUGUUGACAAAGGAAACAUAAGAACCAUGCCAAAUAGAAGCAUGCCUGCCUCACCUUAUCCCACACCAGGUGCCCUUCUAAUGGGAGAUGCCUUCAAUAUGCGUCACCCUUUAACCGGAGGAGGAAUGACUGUGGCUUUAUCUGACAUUGUUGUGCUAAGGGACUUACUUAAACCCCUUCAUGAUCUCCAUGAUGCUUCUGCUCUUUGCAGAUACCUUGAAUCAUUCUACACCCUACGCAAGCCUGUAGCAUCUACAAUAAACACACUAGCCGGGGCAUUGUACAAAGUUUUUUGUGCAUCUCCUGAUCCAGCUAGAAAGGAAAUGCGCCAAGCAUGUUUCGAUUACUUGAGCCUUGGAGGUGUUUUCUCAGAUGGACCAAUAGCUCUACUCUCUGGUCUAAAUCCUCGUCCAUUGAGUUUGGUUCUCCAUUUCUUCGCCGUCGCUAUAUAUGGUGUUGGCCGCUUGCUCAUACCAUUUCCUUCUCCAAAACGGAUGUGGAUUGGAGCUAGAUUGAUUUCAGGUGCAUCAGGCAUCAUUUUCCCCAUUAUUAAGGCUGAAGGGGUGAGACAAAUGUUCUUCCCAGCAACUGUGCCAGCAUAUUACAGAACCCCUCCUGUCCAUCCAUUGAACACACAUGAAGGAAAUACAUGGAAUUAAUAUAUAAUGGUUCCCUUUUCCCACAUUCUUUCCACCUGUAGUAUUCCAUUUCUGCCAUCAAGAAUAAGAGAGGGAACUCAUUCCAUAAUUAGGAUACUCAUUUUGUGCAACUGCAACCAAUAUUAUAGUAUAAAAAAAACUUGAAUUUGGGACCCGAGAAAGAAGUUCCAAAACUAAUCGUGCAAUUAUUCGAGUUAAAAAAUGCUAAGGUUUGUCUUCAAUGCAAAUUGGUGUUAUUAUAUGGCUACUAUUAUGGUAUAUUGGUAUUGUAUGCAUAAUCACUUAGAUGAGGGGCAAGGUAAGUACACAGUGCAGAAAGAAGUUGUUGUAAUGUGACAAUUGAAGCAACCACCAAAAGGAAGAUAGUAUUGCAUUUGUCAAA